AUGGAAGGCUGGGAUAGACUAGGAAUCGAAUCUAGCAAAUCCUUCUCAAGACAGUUUGAAAAGGACGAAAUAGUCAUGUUCUCUGAGAAGGUCGAUAAGAUAAAUCGGCAUAAUGGCAAGCAAGAGCGAAUACUUGUAGUAACGUCUACGCAUUUGUAUAAUUUCAAAGGAAAAGCCAAGCAGACGAGGAAAACUAAAAUAACAGAUUUUAAGGCAGUGGUUAUGAGAAAGCCAGACGAGGAAGGGAAAAAGCCAAGUAGCCCUUCUAAGCAUGCUUCAAAGGAUAUAGUUCUUCAUGUACCAUCAGAGUAUGACCAAAGAUAUUUAAUGCCACUCUCUGCUUAUGAAAACUUCUUGAGUGUCCUCCAGCUGCGUUUUGCAAACAUGGAUUCCAAAUCAACAUUCAAAGUAUAUGAAUGUCCUGAUAAUCUGAAGAAGUACGUUGCAACUCUCAGAGAUCGCAAGUAUGGCAUCAUCAAACUUCCAGAAGAAAAGUAUCGGGUUAGAGAAAAAGAAAUUGCAGGAACAGAAGAGAUCAAGGAAGAGGUAGUAGAAGAAGAGAAAGUCGAGGUUAUAGAUGAAGAGGAAGAUAAGCAGACUGACACAGCUACUAAAGAGGAAUCAGGCUCCCGGUCAAGUUACUCUAUUGGGGAGUUAAAAGUAGAGAACUCAAGAGACUCGAUAAAGGAUCUCAGUCAGGACUUACUCAACCAGGCUCUCGAGUAUAGCCAUGAUGACCUGAUCCAAAGAGAAUCUAUUUGAAUAUUUCAAUCAACAGUUCAGACUGAAGCUGUUACUUUGGAAGAUUUUGAAAUCAUCGAUUUCUUAGGGCAAGGAACAUUUGGCAAAGUAUACCUAACCAAGCUCAGAAGUACUGGGAGUCUGUACGCCAUCAAAUCCAUUAGCAAGGAAAUUCUUAAAGAGUAUGACCAGGAGGAGAACACCAAGCUUGAAGAGCAAAUCCUGCUCUCUUGAGACCACACGUUCUUACUUGGAAUGGACUUCGUUUUCCAGAAUGAAGAAUCUAUCUAUUUCGUUAUGCCUUAUGUGCAAGGAGGGGAGUUAUACAGAUUGCUGAAGAAAAACAAACGAUUUCCGGAAGAAAUCGUCAAGUUUUAUACCAUUCAGCUAAUCCUAGGCUUGGAGUACCUUCAUGACAGGAACAUUGUACAUAGAGACCUUAAGCUGGAGAACAUCCUCAUCGAUGCUGACGGGUAUAUUAAAAUAAUAGACUUUGGCCUUGCUAAAAUUCUGAAGAACGAGGAAGAGACCAUGACUUUCUGAGGAACUCCUGAAUACCUCGCUCCUGAAAUCAUCUCAAGCAAAGGACAUCACAGAGCAGUUGAUUGGUGGGCAGUAGGAGUACUGAUUUAUGAAAUGCUGAUUGGAGUUACUCCAUUUUACAAUAAGAACAGAAACUUAAUGAUGUCAAAGAUUCAGUUCUCAAAAAUAGUGUUUCCGAAUAAGAAAAAGUAUAAGAUUGAUUACUCUGAUCAAGCGAAGGAUAUAAUUUGUAAAUUAUUAGAGAAAAAGAAAGAUAAAAGGCUAGGCACAGAAGAAGAUGCUAAGGAGAUUCUCACUCAUCCCUGGUUUAAGGGUAUUGAUAUCGAAGAGAUAAGGAAUAAGAAAUUAUCUGCUCCUUUCAAGCCUGAAGUUAAGAAUAAAACAGACACAAAAUAUUUCACCUGCUAA